ACGUUUGGUUACAGUCACGUCAUUCAAUCUCCGUGAAUACACGUCAACGUCAUCUUUUCCGAUCCUUUGGAAUGUUUAAAAUAGGAUAAAUCCAAUAGUUUCGUUUAUGUUUUACUUGUUUUUAUCGUAAAUAAGACCCAACAACCAUGGUGUUAAUAGCUGCGGCGGUGUGUACAAAAGCUGGAAAAACAAUUGUCUCAAGACAAUUUGUAGAAAUGACUAAAGCUCGCAUUGAGGGGCUUUUAGCUGCAUUUCCAAAACUUAUUCCUGCAGGAACACAACAUACUUUCGUCGAAACUGAUUCAGUUCGAUAUGUUUAUCAACCUAUGGAAAGAUUGUACAUGGUUUUAAUCACAACUCGAGCCAGUAAUAUUUUAGAAGAUUUAGAAACACUGAGAUUAUUUGCUAGGGUGAUACCUGAGUAUUGCCGUUCAUUAGAAGAAAAUGAAAUAGCGGAAAAUGCCUUUAAUAUUAUAUUUGCGUUCGACGAGAUUGUCGCUUUGGGUUAUAGGGAGAGUGUCAAUUUAUCUCAAAUACGAACUUUCGUCGAAAUGGAUUCUCAUGAGGAAAAAGUUCAUCUUGCCGUUAGAAUGACACAAGAAAGAGAAGCAAAGAACAAAAUGAGGGAAAAAGCUAAAGAAUUACAGCGCCAAAAAAUGGAAGCGAAUAAACGUGGGGGGAAAGGUGGGUUUUCUAGUAGCACAGGAUUUGGUAAUUCAACCGGUUAUAAUCCAACUCCAGUCGUUGGUGAUGUAUCUAAUAUAAGCAACGAUAUUAAACCACCGUCUUACACUGUACAAAAAACUACUGCUCCAGCACGUGGUAUGAAACUAGGUGGAAAAUCGAGAGAUGUAGAAUCAUUUGUUGAUCAAUUAAAAUCAGAAGGAGAAAACGUUCACACUCCAGUAUUAAAUAAUGUAGCGCAACCCGGACAUAAAGCUCCAGCUAUAAAACAAGAAAUGGAUGGGGUUCAUUUAAGAUCGGAAGAGAAAUUAGUCGUUCGGAUGGGCCGCGAUGGUGGGGUGCAAUCUUUCGAAUUACUUGGAUUGAUUACUUUGCACAUCGGUAACGAGCAAUGGGGACGUAUUCGCGUUAAAUUGGAUAAUUCUGAUAACAGAGGGGUGCAAUUGCAAACGCAUCCUAACGUUGAUAGAGAACUCUUUAAAAUGAGAUCAUUGAUUGGAUUAAAAAAUCCUGCAAAACCAUUUCCAUUGAAUACAGAUGUAGGCGUGUUAAAAUGGAGAUUACAAAGUACCGAAGAGAGUUUUGUUCCACUUUUGAUUAAUUGUUGGCCUUCAGAAACUGGAGAUGGAGGUUGCGAUGUUAACAUCGAAUAUGAAUUAACUCAUACUGAUUUGGAAUUGUCUGAUGUUAACAUUUAUAUUCCACUUCCUAUGGGAAGUAAACCGGUAGUGUCAGAGUGCGAGGGAAAUUAUACGCACGAAGCAAAAAGAAAUCAACUGAUUUGGUCAUUAGCCUUAAUUGAUUCAAGUACUAAAAAUGGUUCGUUAGAAUUUUCCGUGCCGAAAUCGACUCCAAACGAUUUCUUUCCGUUAACGAUAAACUUUACUUCUAAGAGUACAUAUGCUAAAAUUAAGGUAACAGAUGUAUUAUUUGUGGAUGAUGAUUCGCCGGUUAAUCACAACGUGGAAACGGUUCUCUUCCCAGACAAAUAUGAAAUUGUUUAACAUUAGUUACUAUAGCGCACUAACAAUUAUUACAGAUAAACAACAGCUAUUAUUAUUGUAUUUGUUGCUUUUUGUACAAAUAAUAUUAAUGAGGAAAGAAAAUUGUUUCACAUCAUGUUAUUAUUUUUUCAAAUGUAGCGAAAUAAAUCAUUUUGCUUGGUCAAAUAUCGCUGUUUAUUGCCAAUUAUGAAUUUAACAUCUAAACGUUCCUAAUUUACUUUUGAUGUUCUUUGAAUGGAUUUUGUACAAAAGGCAGCGUUUUAGUAUACUGUUGAUUACUUAAAGUUUAUUUUUUUUUCAAUUUCAAUUCUACAUAAAUAUUUAACGUUUUAUAUACAUUUGUACAUAAUGAUAUAACUAAAAUAGUUGUAGUAAUAAGGUGCAUAUAUGAUAUCACAUACAAAAAUUUUUUUGGUGUAUUGAUGACAUUUUAUUCAGCUCAAAUGUUGAGAAAUUUUCUUUUGAUUCAAUCUUAAUAAAGUGUGCAACCUCUUUAUUUUUCCUA